UGGUGGCCUACCAUCUCUAGAACUUAACGUGCCAAACGACAAAUUGAAAGCGCGCGCUGUUUACUUCCACUCGUAUAUGCCAAAGUCCAUGGUCGGUGUUCUAUUUAGCUGUUCCGCAAUAAACUGAUUGAUCCGGUUCACCACUCAAUGCAUUAACCUACAUGCUGGGGGAUUGGUUACGACGCCUCGAACUCUGGAAACACUGAGCUGCAUCCUCCCUACACCCCGCUGCUGCACUCCGUCCUGUUCCUGUUCCUAUUCCAAUAGAAUCCACUCUGUCAACGUGAUUGGCCUUCGUCGUUAUAUUGCGCAAUUAUUUAAUGUUGGCUACGAGUCUCCUGGGUCGCAGAAACUGUCUAAACCUGUCGACGUUCUAUUUAUGGAGGACGCUUAUCCGGACCACUAGACCCCGCUCCACAACAGCGGCGCUGAGAAUCCAAGCCAAGAAUUCAUACCCUCCACAGCUCCCAAAGCCAAUCCAACGCCAAUACUCAACUAACACAAAUAAGGGCAUGGAGUCUCCACCUGGUGUUUUUCGUGGUAUAAUCGACCGUUUCGCCGGUGUCACAGUCGACGGUCGUGAGGAGCAUGUGGAUGUCUCGGGCUUUCGGGAGAAAUUAAACAAAUCCCUUGACUUUUGGAGGACAAACAAGAACCGAGCGAUAUGGUUCCGUGUAUACAAGGAGCAGGCCGAUUGGGUGCCGGUACUGGCCGAGAACGGGUUCGAUUUCCACCAUGCUCGUACCGGAGUGGUGGUCAUGUACCAGUGGCUGCCCAAGGACGAGUCCAGCAACCUGCCAAACUAUGCGCACACGCUGAUGGGCGUCGGUGGGCUGGUGAUCAACGACAAGGACGAGGUCCUGGUGGUGACCGACAGGUUCGCAAUGAUUCCGAACAGCUGGAAGCUGCCCGGUGGCUAUGUGGAGCCGCGUGAGGACUUUGUUGACGCCGCCAUUCGCGAGGUGGCCGAGGAAACGGGCAUUCAGUCAGAGUUCAGAUCGUUGGUCUCCAUGCGCCACUCACACUACGGAAAUUUCGGCUGCUCCGAUGUGUACAUCGUGGUGGCCCUGAAGCCACUCAACCUGGAAUUUAAGCGAUGCGAACGCGAGAUCGCCCGGGUGCAAUGGAUGCCGAUUGAGGAGUACCUGAAUCAUCCCCAGGUGCACGAGACGAAUCGUCAGUUCUUGAGCACAUAUCUGGACUACAAGAAGCGCGGCCUGACCAUAACCGUGCGCGAUGAGGUGCAUCAGGUGCUGAAGAAGAAGUACAAUUUGUAUUUUGUGGAGCGGGCGCAGUCGGAGAGCUCUUGAACGGAUCCAUAGCCAAAUCCUAGUGCAAUUUCUAUAAUAGUUUUGUUUUUAUCCAGCAACUGCACAAUUCUGUCAAAUAAAAUUUAUUUUUGUAGGUC